GACCGAUUUCGAUAAUUCUUAUUUUGAUGUGUACGUUAUUAUCAGGAGAGGGAUCUUAGGAGCAAUUGAUGAAAGAAAACUUCAAGAAAAAUGCGCCUAAUUUAAACUUCACGGGUUUGACAAUUUGCAUGAAGACAUAUCAACGUCUUUCGAGUCAGCUAGUAUUAGAAAAGCUGAUUAAACUUCUACAUUGAAUUAUUUUAUACAUAUACUAUGAUUUUAUGCUAUAUUAUGUUUUUUUCCAAACAUUUUGUUUUAAAAUUAAAGUAAGUAUCAUUAAAGAAGAUAACCGAUUAAUAUGACCGCAACUAUAAUUACCUACACAAGAACAGGUUUAUCCGGGCUUCAAAGCCAUUGAUGAUGUCAGUUGUAGCGCGUGUUUACAAAUAUACGGACUUUUGUCUCACCGAAAAUGUUUUAAGUCGAAGCUUAAAAGCUAAAGAUAAUGGCAAAAGUAAGUGAACUUGAACUCGAUCGUAAUACAAGUGAGAAUAAUAAAGAUGUCGAAUCAUCAUCACCCCCCAUGUCCUUGGUGGAAAGAUUAAAAUUUAUAUGUAUCCCCGUAAACAUUGUCAACUUUUUUACCGUCGAACCUUUUCUGCUAUGCUACAUUUUGCCCAGUAUAAUAUCGGGAUUGGCAGUUCAAAAAUUAAAUAUGGUUAAAGCCUGCCGCGUGGACCUCAACUAUUCAGAGAGCAUUUGCGAAGAUGCAGUUUCCGGUAAUUUUAAUGACAAUAUAACAUUAGAGGCAUUGGAUGGAGCACAGAAAAUGGUAGCAGACAUGACAGCUUGGCAGCAGCCCUUACAAAGUGGAUUACCGGCGAUUAUUAUUUUGUUCGUUGGAGCAUGGAGUGACAAAACAGGAAACAGAAAGGCUUUGAUGCUUGUGCCUAUUGUUGGAGAAACAAUUUCAGCAAUUGGCCUCAUAUUAGCUACAUAUAACUUCUUAGAAUGGCCCUUAUGGAUUACUGCUUUAAUAGAAGCUGUGCCUACAGCCGUGUCUGGUGGAUUGUCUAUCGCAUUAAUGGGAUCUUAUAGUUAUAUAGCAGAUGUGACCACGGUGGAAUCUCGAACUUUUAGGGUUGGAAUUGUUGCUGUUAUUGUUACAUUGGCAUUUCCUUUUGGAAGUUCCAUAAGUGGGGUCUUAACGGAAGCAGUUGGCUACUACGGCAUAUUUGGAAUCAAUUUAGGAUUGUAUUGCUUUGGAUUUAUAUAUACAUUUUUCCGGGUUAAAGAUGUCAGGAAAGAGCCCCUAAAAGGGUCUUUUUUUGAGAUUAUUGUGCAAUUCUUUAAUCCAAAAAAUGCAUGGGAUACAUUUUCAUUGAUAAUCUUAUCACGUGGAAAGAAACUUGCCAAUGUUUUACUUGUUGUUUGGGCACACAUAGUUGUUGUGGGCCCGGUAUUUGGCGAAGGACCACUAUUAUAUUUAUACGUGCUAAAAAAGUUUAAUAUGGAUCUCGUUGACUUCAGCCUUUUCUCCACCUACUCAUUACUUAUGGGUUUAGCAGGUACAACAAUAGCAGUGUCAAUCUUCAGUAAGCUUCUAAAAAUGCACGACGCCCUUAUUGGUGUAAUAGCUACCAGCUGUAAAAUUACAGCCAGCAUUGUGUACGGACUUGCCCCAAGUAGAAAUUGGUUCUUUUCUGGCCCAGCAUUUGAUUUCUUUGGAAACUCUGGAACAACCGUGAUAAGAUCGCUGGGCACUAAGAUUGUGGAACCUGAUGAAGUGGGAAAGAUGUGUUCCUUAAUCGGUUUUGUGGAAGCCGUGGUGCCUGUAAUCUAUACCCCUAUUUAUAGUAAAGUGUACUCGCAUACACUUGACACCUUUACGGGAGCGUUUUACCUUCUCGGUGGAUUGAUGACGGUGCCGGCUGUGUUCAUUUUUAUAUACCUUUAUAUAUCGCAUAGACGAGCGUUGAAAGAUAUUGUGAAGAAUCCGGAACUGAAAGAAAAACACGCUCAUGAAAAUGCCGUUACCGUUUUGUGAAAAUUAUGUAUAAAAAAAUUACAUAUGAAAUAUGAUGAUUAUUUUUAUUUAUGACUAACUGCCAGCCCUGUCAUCCUUUUUUCGUGUUUUCUCUUUAUGUGAACCUUGCGUUCCUUGUGUUCCUUAACAAAAAUAAUAAAAAUAUGCUGAAUUGGUCGAGCAUUUCUCGAGUUUUACGCUUAAUUUGAUGAGGUGCCGAAUGAAAACGAACGACUGGAUGAAAACUUUGUUCGUGGUCGUCGUCGUCGUUGAUAGGGUGACAAAAUCCUUAGCAAAACAUCAUACGCUUAUGUGAAUUAUUAAUAUCGAUAGCGGAUUCUAUUCCUUUGCGUUUUGACGUUUGUCUCGGGCCUCGGCCCUCUGAUGAUGUUAGAAAUAUGUCAUAUUUUUACAAUUAAUAUAGAUUCAUAUAGUCAACAGUUUUUUUUUUUAAGAAUUGCCUUAUGACGUGUGCUUAAAUUUAUUUGUGAGGCACGAGGCCCCUAGCAACGCGAGGCCGUGGGCUGUGGACCACACCUCCCACGCUUUCCGCCGCCUCUGCGCAGGAGUCUUCAAAAAAUGUUACUAGUACGUGAUGCCAAAAAAGUAUUAGGUACACUAAAUGAAUUGGGAAACUGCGUCGUUUUUAAUAUCAGCCAAUAUUCCACAAAGCAAAUUAAGUUGCACUAAAAUUAUUUAUCAACAAAAUUAGUACGUUAAUAUGGCGAUUAUAUUCUUUUUAUAUAUUAUGUAGUGGUGAUCAAAAAACCAAUGUUUAAAAUAACGACGAUAACGCUUCUUACCUACUUCAUUUAUCAAUAUAAAAAAUAAUAUAAAACACAUACGUUGAUUUUAACUUUUCCUACAUACAAAGGUUAUUAACCGUUGGUAUUUAGUAUAAAUAUGCAUACAAUAUUCAAUAUUAUUGAUGUGAUAAUAAGGGCAUGAAUGCUUUUGUCUUCUUUUUAUCUAUAAAAUCGACUUGCAAAAUACAGCGGUUAUAAUAUUAUGAUUCAUCAAGUCUUCGCUGGGUAGGAAAAAGAUAAUAUAAUAAAGUAGGUAGUCGUUUGCUUUUUUCCUUACCGUGAAAGGAGGAUUAUUUUUUUCGAGUGUAAAUAUGUAAAUAUGUAUUUAUGUAUAUUUCUUUGGUACGCCCUGCAGCCCAAAAACAGUCCAAACCAGUGAUUUCGAUUUAUGAGGUAGGUACCCUAUCUUUGCAAUCAUCAAAAUUGUGUUAGUGACAUCGGUGGACAUAGGUUCCAUUAAUUAGCUGUCGGGUUCUUUUUGUUUUCAUAAUAAAUAAUCUGUAAUUCUUGAAUCUGAUGUAGGUUAUAAUAAUAAUUUAACGUUUCAUCCUUAGAUACUGAAUUACAUACAAUUUGUAUUAAAUUCGCAACAAAAAUAUU